AUGACAAGGUUCACAGCAGCCAACGACCAGCGGCUUAGCGCACACUUCCGCACAGCCUUAGAACGAUGCGUGAGCUCGUACAAGACGCGGAAGACCAACUUAGCGAUGCCGGUGCUCCUUGCCACACUUGCGUCGGAGUCGGACCUCACGGCAGAGCACAGGCAGCUGGCAGCAAGCGUUCGGGAGAUGCUCGAUGAGCAGGGACCGGGGCUCGGAAAGUUCGGAAAGCACAUCCACACCUUGAAGGAACUUUCCAUAACUUUCCAGUGUUCCGUAGGAUUUGGCAGCAAAAGCAGCACCUUUACCUUUGAAGCUAGCCGUAGCGGCGAUAACGUUGAGGAUACCGAUGCGCACCGUGGCCUGGAAUCAGUUCUGGACGAAGGUUUCGUGCACAUCAAGCAAAAGAACAUCGAGCUUUGGAAGGUCCACUCCGAUGAGGCAACGCGUUGUGCAUUGAAGGAGAAUCAGGCUGCUGAAAAGAACUGUCGAUAUUUCUGUUUAUUUACUCGGGUUCCGAUGGUGCACAAAGCCAACUCCCGCAAACACCUGCUUCACUGCCUGUCAAGAUCCAGUACGGGAACCCGGAUGUCGCAAAGCAUGCAGAACCAGGUUUUCGAGGAUUGGUACAACAAGGACUUGGCCCAUGAUGCAGCUACUGUAUGGACCAACUUCUACCUUUUCCUCGGUACACCGAUCAUAGGCAGGCUCCGAAGAGCCACCUCGUUUUGUUCUUUGUUCCUUUGUUGCAGCCAUGAUUUGUUCUUCAGAGCUGAUCGGUCCCUUUCCUGCAAGGGAUCCUGGUCUUGUGCUUCAUCAGCGGUUGUGGACGCUCGUUCAGGCAGACGACUGAGUCGGACUUUUUUGCCGUACGUUGAAAAUUUGUUACACCUAUCUCUAUAUAUAUAUGUAUAUAUUUAUUUAUAUUUAUUUAUAUCAGCGGCCGCUCCCAAACUGUCCGCAGACUUCAACUUAGCCCGGCUUUUGAUGGAAAGCGUUAAAACCCACCAUCGAUGCAAUAGUACAGCGAAACGCCUUUAA